AUGAACGAUCCAGGUCUUAAUGAGCCUAUCUCCAACGACGCUGACGAUAUAGAGAAUCAACAACGCAAUGAGAAGGAUGAAACCAAGGAAGACGUAGAAGCUUUCCUAGAGCCAAGUCGCUGGUGGUUUGCUAGUACUGCAUUUCCUCUCAACGCCGGCACCUUUGGACCGAUGGCAUCGGCCUUCAGUAUCUGCGCAUUAGUUGUACAUUGGAGGGUCUCGAUACCACCCGGUGGAGUGGAGGAGCAUGGAAUAUAUAUCGACGAUCCGAAAUGGUUGAUCGGUAUAAAUGCUGCACAAUUGGCAAUAGCCCUCAUUUCGAAUCUGUUCCUGUUAUUGAAUAUGGCAGAAAGAGUUCGGUUCUCGAUCGCGCAACCUAUCACGAUUAUUGGCUGGUAUCUGUCUUCUUUAGCAUUGAUUGGAUUGACGGCUUGUGCAUCUAGGCCUUUGAAACUUCCAUCCCCACCGGACCAUGCUUAUACACAAGCAUUCUACUAUGCUCUAUUUUCUGCUGGUCUAUAUUUCCUGGUGGCCAGUUUGAUGGUGGUGACGGUAUACGGAGCAUAUAAAGGGCAUUACCCAAAAGAGUUCAAGCUGACUAUGAGUCAAAGAACUCUAAUGUUACAAACGAUCAGUUUCUUAGUAUAUCUACUUGCUGGUGCGGCAGUGUUCUCUCAUGUUGAGUCAUGGCAAUAUCUUGAUGCUCUCUAUUGGUGUGAUUUUACACUUUUGACAGUUGGUAUCGGAGACUAUGCACCAAUGACACAUUUGGGAAGGAGUUUAUUAUUCCCAUUCGCAAUCGGCGGAAUAAUUAUUCUCGGUCUGGUUAUCGGUUCGAUUCGAUCGUUGGUUUUGGAACGUGGAAAGGUUAAGCUAGGGGCGAGAAUGGUCGAAAAGGAACGACGACGAAUCUUAAGGAAAACUCAAAAGAAGAAUGUUGAAGUAUUGAAGCCUAUUACCACAGGAGAGUCAUCCCCGGAAUCAAACAAUACACUUGUCAGUGAUGAUGGUUUAACGGAGAGAGAAAGACGCCAACAAGAGUUCGAUUUAAUGAGACGUAUCCAAGAAGAGGCGGCUAAUAAACGUCGUUGGACCUCUCUGAUAGUCUCUGGAACUACAUGGCUUUUACUUUGGUUUGUCGGGGCAGCAAUAUUUCGUAUCACAGAGUAUACACAAAGCUGGAGUUACUUUGAGUCUCUCUACUUUUCCUACACCUCGCUCUUGACCAUUGGAUAUGGGGAUUAUUACCCACAGUCCAAUUCAGGCAAGCCAUUUUUCGUUUUCUGGUCUCUGCUUGCCGUCCCCUCCCUUACAAUCCUUAUAAGUAACAUGGGGGACACAAUCGUUAAAGGAAUUCGUGAUAUUACUCUCUGGAUCGGAAAUUCUACUAUCUUACCUGGUGAGAAAGGAGUAAGGCAUUCUAUCAAAGAAACAACAAACAAGAUGUCGUUUGGGAAAUUAUUCAAGAUAUCGAAACUACCUCCAGAUGCUGAAGGCACUGCAGCUCCACGCGAUUCUAGCAAGACUAAUGGUCUCGGCGCCGCGCAAAUUGAACGCGAAAUUAUCCAAACUCGGCGCGGCGAAGAACAAAUAGAGGAGAAUAAUAGGCUGCCGAAAGAUCGACAUCAUUAUCAUUGCAUCCUUGUUAAGGAAAUUGGAGAAGUGAUGAAACACCUCAACAGUUCUCCACCAAGAAGAUACACAUUCGAUGAAUGGGCAUGGUAUCUUAUAUUGACAGGAGAUGAUGAGAGCGAGUCUGAAAAUCAUAGAAAGGCGAUUGUAAAACCAAAAGGCGGGAAGAAUUUAGGUGGCUCAAAGGGUGAAUGCGAUGAUAAGGAUGAGAAGUGGAGUUGGGUGGGACAUAGAAGUCCAUUAAUGGGAAACAAGGAGGAGAGUGAAUGGGUACUGGAAAGGUUGCAAAAGACAUUAGAGAGGGAGCUAGAGGAGAUUAGGAAAGAGAAGAUGGAAGGUGAAAGAAGAGUGGAAAAGAAGUAG